CCAAAAGCAAAAACAAAAACUAUAAAAUACUGGUGACUGACUGCCUGACUGACUCGUGAGCUUUGGCAAAAUGCUAUCCAAAGGAGUGGGAACAAUGGCAACAACGGCAACUAUGGCGGCAAGAUCUUUAUCCAUAGCUCACAAUCCCAGGCAUAAACUCAAAUGGGUUUUCACUCCUUUGUCAUUUUGUUCCUCAGCAACCGGAGCAAGAAAGCUGGUUCUCUACUCAAAGCCUGGUUGCUGUUUGUGCGAUGGCCUCAAAGAAAAACUCCAGGCCGCCUUUUCAAUUUCCGGCCCAGACUCGCUCCACGACGUCACUUUACAGGUGAGGGAUAUUACCAGCAAUCCUGAAUGGGAGGAGGCAUACCAGUAUGAGGUACCUGUUUUAGCCAAAGUACUCUCUGAUGGCACCGAGGAAAUACUGCCUAGAUUAUCUCCUCGACUUGGGGUGGAGCUUGUCCAAAAGAAGAUAGCAGCUGCUUUUAGACAGUAAGAGGUCUCUGUGUAAUUUUUUGUUAUAUGAUGGCUAUUGAAGCAUAUGUACAACUAUGAAGGAAAAUGAUUUUGAUAUAUAUCAUGUCAUUUUACUAAGUUUGACUAGGUCCAGCAAAAAUCUAGCAGUCAUCUCUGUGAUUUGCUCUGAUAAACAAAUAGCCCUUUCCAUUUCCUUUAUAUUAUUAAUUCCAUGCAACAAAAGCAGACCACUUUAGGGUCUGGAAAAAGAUAAAAGUGGAAAAUUGCAUCAAUCAUGGUUCUUUAUUGUCA